UGCUGGAGCACGGCCGGCGCCAUGGCCGCCUCUGCCAUCUCCUCAGAGCAUUUCGAGAAACUUCACGAGAUCUUCCGCGGCCUCCAUGAAGACCUGCGAGGGGUGCCGGAGCGGCUCCUGGGGAUGGCAGGGACAGAAGAGAAGAAGAAGCUGAUCAGAGAUUUUGAUGAAAAGCAACAGGAAGCAAAUGAAACGCUGGCAGAGAUGGAAGAGGAACUACGUUAUGCACCUCUAUCUUUCCGUAACCCUAUGAUGUCUAAGCUUCGGACCUACCGGAAGGACCUUGCCAAACUCCAUCGGGAAGUGAGAAGCACACCUUUGACAGCCACACCUGGGGGCCGAGGAGACAUGAAGUAUGGCUCAUAUGCUGUAGAGAAUGAGCAUAUGAACCAGCUACAGUCUCAAAGGGUGUUGCUUCUGCAAGGCACGGACAGUCUGAACCGGGCCACCCAGAGUAUUGAGCGUUCUCAUCGGAUUGCCACAGAGACUGACCAGAUUGGCUCAGAAAUCAUAGAAGAGCUCGGGGAACAACGUGACCAGUUGGAGCGUACUAAGAGUAGGCUGGUAAACACAAGUGAAAACUUGAGCAAAAGUCGAAAGAUUCUCCGUUCAAUGUCCAGAAAAGUGACAACCAAUAAGCUGCUGCUUUCCAUCGUCAUCUUACUGGAGCUGGCCAUCCUAGGGGGCCUGGUUUACUACAAAUUCUUUCGCAAGCAUUGAACUUCCUAGAGGGAAGGGUUUGUGGACCAGAACUUUGACCCUCUGAACAAAUGGUGUUAGAGAUGGGAAAGAAGCAUAGUGCUGCUGUGAGGUAAUGGUUCGAGGAUGCCAGACUGUGGGAGGUGAGAGGGGAGACAGAAAACCGCGUAACUGUGGAGGAACAGCAAUGAGACCAGUAUGAUAUACCAACGUAAUAAAUGCUAUUUAUGACUUCUUUAAAUUUA